GCAGAGGAUGGGUACGGGGGGCGGUGCGGCGCUCUGGGUGACGCUGAGUUGUGGGAUGGCACUGCCUCCGCCCGGCAGCCUUUUCCUAGCGGGCUGGGUACUGGGAUGGGGAAUGUGAAUUCGGGACUUGCUCACGCAGUGCUGGCGAUAACCGCGGGCAGGAGCGAUGCCAAAACGCGACUGGAGGCUCCCAGAGCUCUGCCGUCAGCGUGUCCCGCCGCUGCCAGGCUGCCAGCAGAGCCCUUGCAGAGCAAGAGCACGACUGGUGAUUGUAUGUUGAAAGAGCCCGGCGUUUUCCCAAAGCAGAGCCUGCAUCCUGCUAGGAAGGAGCCUUUGUGCAUCAGCAUAUCGGUCACCAAGACAGAGAAAGGCUGCAGGAAGGAGAAGCGCUCCAGCUCUGGUGAAGAUCCGCUCCCAGGGAGGCUGUUUUUUCUCCGGGCUGAGCAGCCUCCUGCUCCCGAGCACCAACCGCUCCAGGGAAGCACCCAAGAAAAGCCAGGAGAAGCAGCCCAGAAUGAGGAUGAGGAUGCUUUGGCGUCUGACAGGUCGUGCGUCAGGAGCAGCGUCCCCCCAGAGCCAUCUGCCCUUUCGGUUCCUCCGACGGAAGGGGCUUUGCAAGUACUUGAUGCUUCCUGCUUCAAACGGCAGGUUUCCCAUGACUUUCUGGAGACCAGGUUUAAAAUCCAGCAGCUUUUGGAGCCGCAGCAGUAUAUGGCCUUCUUGCCUCACCACAUCAUCGUCAAGAUCUUCGGUUUGCUUCCUACCAGGAGUCUGGUUGCCCUCAAAUGCACUUGCUACUACUUCAAAUUCAUCAUCGAGUACUACAACAUCAGGCCGGCGGACUCGCGCUGGGUCCGCGACCCCCGCUACAGAGAAGACCCCUGCAAGCAGUGCAAGAAGAAAUACGUGAAGGGGGACGUGUCGCUGUGCCGGUGGCACCCCAAACCCUACUGCCAGGCUUUACCCUAUGGGCCCGGCUACUGGAUGUGCUGCCACCGGUCGCAGAAGGGCAUCCCGGGCUGCAAGCUGGGCCUUCACGACAAUCAUUGGGUACCCGCCUGCCACAGCUUCAACCGCGCCAUUCACAAGAAGAGCCGAGGAGCGGGCGGCGAGGCGGAGGAGGAAUUUUAGCGCACAUCCACUUUCCUG